CGGCAGCUCAGUAGAUCGACGACUUUUAUUGGAUAAGCAGCGUUUUCCAGCGAGCUCCUCUCUGUGAUCGCGCGGCCUUUUUCAAGAGACCUUGGACGGAAGUUGGACACUUGUGUGAAGUUGGAACCUUAAGGUACCUUGAAGGUCCACCGGGAUAUCCGAGGGUGCCGAAGUUGAAGAAAGGAAAAUUUUGUGUGGUUUCUGGUGCGGAGAUUUCGAGGAGGUCACCAUCGAGAGACCCCUCGACGGUCGAGUGUCCCGCAGGCGUGAGCACGCGCGCGCCCCUCGGAAUAAUAGUGAAGGGUGAUGGUGAAAUUGUUGCCUGGAUAGGAAAGUGAAUGUAGUUUGCGGCCAACCUGAGUGUCGACCCGAUAUCGAUGCAUGAGCAGGGUUCCAGGGAGUUUCGUAAUAACCGAGUGAAUGGAACAGUGACAGUGUGAUUGCACGAAGAAAAAGAAGAAAAAACACAAGGAUACACAGAUAAGCACACUGGAUAGUCAAAGUGGUUCGAGCUGAUUGAAUCGAGAGUGAUUUUGGAGUAUCGUCGAACGACUUAGAGCAACGAUAACGUCGACGGUUGUGACUGGUGAAAAGCUAGUAUUCAAAUGAAUCAGUAUAAUCUGACUAACCGGUGCCGUUGAGCGUACUUUAUGUGCCGUAGAACGCGCAGUUAGAAUUUGAAGUAUCACCAGUCACCACCACCCUCGCCCACACACGUGGCAACGCCGGGAAAGGGCGCAUCCGGUCCGACCCUUUGACAAUGUGUCCAGCCGCUUGAAAGGCCUGAACCAAGGCGCAACUACAGAAGGCACCAACCGCGUAUUGCGGAUGCUCCAAGCCAACUUCCAGAAACAAUCGAAGACCCUUCACUUAACAGUCCCGCACUGUUUUGUGUGUGUGUUUGUUGAGUGAUUUGUGCAACAAAGUAACCUUUGAAAAUCGAAGAAAAACUGUUUAUCCAAUAGAAGUAGGCGAGGAACGUUAGGUUAGGUUAGGAGGAGGAGUAGGUGCAUAGUAGGCUGCGAGCAGAAGCCAAAAUUCACCCGAGCAGCAAUUAGAAAGACGCAACAAUGUUUCCGCUUCAACGAGGAGCGGCAACAUGGUGCUUUCUUCUGCUAACUAUACUGACACUUUGUGCCAUCGGAAGCCAUAAUGGUGGCGCGUCGGCAGCAGAGAACAACCAGCGAGUCGUAUGCUACUACACAAACUGGUCCGUGUACCGGCCGGGUACGGCCAAGUUCAACCCGCAGAAUAUCAACCCGUACCUGUGCACGCAUUUGAUCUAUUCCUUCGGUGGCUUUACCAAGGAGAACACCCUCAAGCCAUAUGACAAGUAUCAGGACAUUGAGCAAGGCGGUUUCGCCAAGUUCACCGGCCUGAAGACUUACAACAAGAACCUGAAGACGAUGCUGGCCAUCGGCGGAUGGAACGAGGGUUCGUCGAGAUUUUCUCCACUGGUAGCGGACGCUGAAAGGAGGUCACAGUUCGUGAAAAACUCGAUCAAAUUCCUGCGACAGAAUCACUUUGAUGGGCUAGAUCUCGACUGGGAGUACCCGGCGUUCCGGGAUGGAUCAAAGCCAAAGGAUCGCGAAAAUUACGCCCAACUGGUGCAGGAACUGCGCGAGGAGUUCGAUCGGGAGUCGUCGAAAACGGGACGACCAAGGCUUUUGCUGACCAUGGCCGUACCGGCUGGUAUCGAGUACAUUGAUAAGGGCUACGACGUUGCCAAGCUGAACAAGUACCUGGAUUGGUUCAAUCUGCUGACGUACGAUUACCACAGUGCUUACGAACCGGCAGUCAACCAUCACUCGCCGCUGUACCCUCUGGAGGAACCUUCCGAGUACAAUUUUGACUCUGAACUGAACAUUGAUCACAGCAUCAAGUUCUACCUGAAUGCCGGAGCAGAUCGGGAAAAGCUUGUUCUGGGAAUCCCCACCUAUGGUCGCUCGUACACCCUCUACAAUCCGGACGCCACGGAGAUCGGUUCCCCCGCGGACGGGCCCGGAGAGCAAGGUGAUGCCACCCGCGAGAAGGGUUACCUGGCGUACUACGAAAUUUGCACAGCCGUUAAAGACGACCCCGAGUGGACCGUUGUACAGCCAAAUCCGAACGCCAUGGGACCGUACGCGUACAAGGGCAACCAGUGGGUGGGAUACGACGACGAGGAAAUCGCCCGUAAGAAGGCUAAAUACGUGGCGGAGAACGGUCUGGGAGGUAUCAUGUUCUGGUCGAUCGACAACGAUGAUUUCCGUGGAACGUGCCAUGGGCGACCGUACCCGAUCAUUGAGGCGGCCAAGGAAACACUGCUUGCUAGCACUGACGUUGGCGCCAAUGACAUUGCGGCUCCUAGCCGUCCCCGGAAGCCAUCGCGAUCGCGCAGCCGACCGGCCACCAGCAGCAGCACCAACAGCCGAAACCGGCUUACGACCGAUAACAACAACGAGAUCAAGUCGUCCUUCAAGAGCGCCGCAGCCCGCAAAAAUGCCCGCCCGACGCCACGUGCCACCACUACAACUAGUACAAGUACAACGACGUCCAGUUCGCUAUACAUUGGAGGACGUACCACGACACCACAGCCACCGACAACGCCGGAUCCGGGAGCAGACUUCAAGUGUACCGACGAAGGUUUCUUCCCGCAUCCGCGAGACUGCAAAAAGUACUUCUGGUGUUUGGACGCCCCAGCCUUGGGUCUGGUAGCGCAUCAAUUCACGUGUCCCUCGGGGCUCGUGUUCAACAAGUUGGCCGAUUCGUGUGAUUACGCUCGCAACGUGGCCUGCUCGAAGACGGAACCUACGACGACGACGACUUCAACAACCACUAGCACAACCACCACCACGACCACGACGACACCGAGGUCCCGCGUUACGGCGGCCACCAGCCGGAACAGUUUCUUCAACCGUGCUCUGACAACUACCACGACCACUGAACCACCGAUUGAGUUCGACUAUUCGGAAGAGGUUCAAGAUGAAGUUCAGCCGGAGGAAGAUCCAAAGGUGAUCAAGGAACUGAUCGCACUGAUCAAAAAGGUGGGUGGCAUUGAAGAACUUGAACGUCAACUGCAGGCCCAGGAAGAUGGAUCGAUUGUACUGAAGGGCAACCAAGCGGAUCAAGUCUCAACAACUCCGUCGACUAUUAGCAAGAGCUUGUACGAGCGAGUGCUGAGCAGAGCAGGAAACAAUCUGCAAAAGUUCCGACCGGCGUUGACCUUCACACAGACGGACAAGUCAGGUGCAACGGAGAACAAGUACUCCUCGGUUGUACGUAACGGAAACGCGUUCACCAACAGUCGGGUUGCGCCACAGAACGACGGCAUCGAACAGCUGCCCGAGUUCGAGGGAGUUUUUAAGGAACGACCAAAGUACGUCACCCUUAACCGAGCCCGCCCGACAAAGGCAAGUUCCGAGGACGAUGCGGAUGAGCGUUACGACGAUGAUGGAAUUGAGGAGGAAGAAAACCAACCAUCGACCUCCACCGCCAGACGACCAACGACGAGUCCAAAGUAUGUGAGCAUACAGCGCCAGCGACCGUCUACCACCGCCGACAGUGUCGAAGAUGACGAAGAGGAGGACGAGGAGGUGGCUUCGAGUCCGGUGCAGUACAGUAGCGUGAACAGGAACAGGUUCCGUCAGACGACGACCACCACCGAAGAGAGUGUCGAUGAGGUUGAACGGGUGCCUAGCAGAUACAAUACCAUCGAACGCCGCCGAGCUACCGUGCAGUACAAUCGGCUGCAGGAAGGCGAGAAAGAUGAUGUAGGCACUGAUUCGUCACUAUUGGUACCCUCUACAGAUUAUCAAACCAUUUACACUACAUCGUCCACUACCGAUGCACCAGAACAGUUCAUCACGUACAGUACACGACAGUAUGCUAACGUAGAACGUAGCGGCGGAACAACCGAGGCUUCGCCCCUCGCCGGUGCUACGGAUCUGCCGCAGACUGUUCCCACCACAACCACAACAACAACCACUACUGGCAACAUUGUACAGUACCUCAAUACAGACUUACAGACGGAACUUCCCGACUGGGAUGGGCCGGCAGACACUUUUUCAGAACUAGAUUUAAGUAAGCCUUCGACUGUGGACGCCGACGGCCUGACAACGGAUGACGCCGUGACGGUAGAUUUUAGCAAGAACGAGCCGACCUCCGAGGUAACCACCAUACUAAACCUAGGUGAGAGUGUUACUGGUAGUAGUGUUAGCGAGUUGGAAUCGAGUGUUCUAGUUACUAGUGUUGGUUCUAAUGGUGUUAGAGUUAAUCCAAGCCUACAGGACAAUGAGGACCGUUUCCUGCAGUCAACCGCGCAACCGUUCACGACAUUUAACGGUAACGAUGGCCCAUUCACGACCACCGUAACUCCAUCUACAUCCACCUUUGUUAGCUCAACUAGCGAAAAACUGUUCAGUACUAACGAUGACCAGCUUAACUCAAUUUACAAAUUCCCACCAAGAACUAGGAAAACCACCACUACCACUAGUCCCCUAGAGGUUGUCACUAAUAAACAAGACUCUGAUAGUCAAAUAACCUCAACUCAAACUGCUACCCAACGCCCUUACGGCGGAGCAGUACGACGUACGCGACCAACGCGUCGUCCUGUGACCACCACCAGCGCUACAACGACGACGACGGCGCCGGAAGAAUCGACUACCCUUCGCUCGGUUAAGGUGAGUUUCGCAAACAACCAAAGAUUAGAAUAUACAGCAAGACGAAGAGUCGGUGUUGCUGGCACGUCUGCUGUCGCGAAUCCUAGCAGCAGCAGCAGCAACGAAGUUCUGGGCGCUUCUAGCGAUUUCGGCAGCAGCGAGCCGAGUCCACGGCCGUCAACACGUAUACGAGGUUCUCGUGGGCGUGUUCGGUUCGGAUCUUCUACUGAAUCAACAUCAAGUUCGAUUUCUACCGAAGGGCCACAGGCCACUGGCGUCACUCUGCAGUCGUCACGUCGCCAACCCUCGGAUUCUUUUGCACGCAAUCGUUUCUCUUUGAACCGUGCUUCCAGUCGUGUGCCGGAAGUACCUAGUAGUACCACCGAACGAAUCACCACCCCGGAGCAGCCAGUUGUUGAGCAAUCAACAGCUAGGGCUUCAUUGAGGCGAGUGAACUUUAACUUGUACAAUGGUAGAUCCAGCGUUGAACCACGCUCUACCACCACUACCGAGGAACCGGAAAUCGAAACGGACUCGCCAGUUAUUAAUCUGCAGGUCAAAUCACACACCGGAAUCGACGAAGACCUGUUUAAGACGCAAGAACGUAUUCUGCUCACCCUAGGAACGGCGCUCCAGUACGGAUUCAGCAACCGGAACGAACUAAACGCUCGUCGCAUUCAAGACAGUGAACCAAAGAUCACCAAAGGAACUGUGGUCGAUACACCAAUUACAAAUAUCGCACAAGAACGACCGACGGCGGUGCGUAGUCGGACGCAGGACACGAUCGAUAACCGCCUAGCCGAAGAUGUCAACGAAAUGGCAACGGAGCGAGAUUUGCCAACAUCUGAACGUACCGAAACUACCGUUACUGAAUACACUACGGUAUUCAACGUCAAUACAGCCGAAGUUGAAACAACGACUCCCGGCCAACGCAAAUUCCUCAGCACGCUCAGAAGUCGUGCCAGUUCUCCACAAUCGACUACGGAAUCGAGCGAUACCACUCUAAAGGUAGUUGUUUCAGAGGUCAACACCAACAAAACUUUCAUCCCGGGACGAUCACGCCCUACCCGUCCGGGACGCUUCCGUACAUCAACAGUUAGCCUUCCAGAAGCCGUUAACGAAGCUGUAAAUGAAGCUUCUACCCUUAGAUCCAAGUUCCCAUCCCGCAAGAUUGUCGUGACGCCUACCCCGAACGCAAUCGUAAACGAUGAGGCCGACAAACCCUCCCGCAGACCGUCUCCAUUUGCCAGACGUACGCGUCCAACGCCAUCAACAACAUCAAGUGCACCAGCGGUCGUUGAUAACGAAAACGAUGAGAUCACCGAAAAAACUCCGGGCAUUUCGACGACCGUCACCAGACGUCGUCUGGGCGUACGCCGACGACCUAUUGUUGGACCAUCGACAACGGAACGAGUUGCGGCUGAAACCCCACGAGCUUCGCCACUUACCCGACGACAGCGCCUGCAGAUUGGUCGCUCAACCACAACCACUACGGAACUUCCCACUACGGCUGGUCGAUCGGCAACCACAACGACUCAAGAACCCUUCACAGCUGAGCCAACCUAUCCGGAUAGCGCGGUCGGAAACUCCGAUUUUACUACCGUAAUUUCCGAUGUUUCCAACGAAAUCGAAUCCACGUUUAUCACAAACGAAGUGCUAAGUAGCGACAACCUGCUUCGCCAGGAAAUUCCAGAUUCGCGGGAAACAAACGAUUCGGAAGAAACUACAGAACUGCUGUCCACGAUUGUCACCGCUGAACCAUCGACCGAAGCAAGCAUCAAUAAGCUGACCACGACACGUAAAUUCACCACGACGAACUCGAGACGACCGUCGCUGGCGAUCCAGCAGCGUUUCAACGACAACCAGCAAAUUGAGUCAGAAGUCGUGCCUAGUCGUAGCCCAGCACGAUCGUUUGGAGCGGCACGGAAGAAGUUUGGCGUUUCAACCACCACAACGGAGAACCCGGAAGUUUCGACGGUGAAGAAGUUCAUUUCGUCUCGCAACAAGAAUCGGCCAUCGUUCUCCGUUGCGCGUGCACGAGCUACAUCAACUACUGAAGAACCGACUGGACAAUCGGUAGAUCAAGAGCAGGAGCAACCUGCCAGUUCCACCGCAAAGUCGUUCUUACCGUCUCGCCGCAGACCGGCAUUAAACCUUGCGGCACGAUCUACGACAUCGGCUCCGGCUAACUCGGAUGAUGGCGAAAGCUCCUCUAGCAGAACACUAACGCCGACUCGGAAGCGACCAGCUUUCUCGGCAAGCCGAACUCCACGGCCACAGUCAUUCGAAGAUUCGUUCGAUAAGGGUACAAAUACGGUAGUGAAACCGACAACUGAUCGGAACCGAAGUUCGGUACUGUUGCCACGCAGACCGAAUCUGUUUGCUAGAACAACAACGACCACUACGGAAGCAUACACGGACUUUGAAACGGAUGAUAAAACAACGCUAGAGGAGGAAACUAGCGCCGAACGGUACGGUGCGAGUACCCGCGGAUAUAGCGAUAUUCGACGACCAUCGUCGUCAGAGGAACGAGAUGGUGUUACGAACAGGUUCAGUGGGGAGAUUGAGGACGAUGAAAAUGAGAUUCAGCGGCAAGGUAAACGUCUAUUCGGCCCGGUUGGAAGUGGAAACAAUAACGUAGAUGAUGAGAACCAGGGUGGCCGAUCGCGGGAACGAACAUCGGCUGAGGUUGCUACCGGUUUCAGACGGCCUGGGCCGAGAAUUGUCGGAUCAGGAGGAUCGAGAACGGCUCCGGCAAGCAAUACGCGAUUCAUAUUUAAGAACAAUCAGCCUCUGGAAGGAUCAACGACAACGGCUAGAGCUAUAACGACAAGAUCGAGAAGGCCGUUUGGCAACGUUGGUGGAUACAAACCAAGCAGUAAUGGAACGGCUGCAAGUGUCACGUCUAGCGGAAGUGUAACUACGGCUAGGCCACGAUUCACACUAACAACCAGGAAGCCAGUUUUCGGAAGACAGCGCUCUACCACCGCACCAGGAGCAUCCGGAGAUGUUGAAGAGAAGGUUGUAGCACAGCGGGUCAACAACGAUUCACAGCAGGGGGCUUCUCCAACGAGACGGUAUCAGCCACGCAAGCCACCGACGAGAAAGUCGAACUUUACCACAAUUUCACUGCCCGUUGGCAACAGCCGCACGCGAACGAACCUUUCGUCGUUAUUUAACCGUAACCCGGCAGUAGUACUAACAACCACCGAACAAGCUUCGGAUCUAAUCCAACCCGAGACGACACUACCGAGUGUAGAAUCACAAACUCCGGUUAUACUCUCGGUGCUGCCAGUAAAGCAGAAAUCACCAUCACAGCCAACAUCAACACCCACCACACUCGAUACAGAGAAUGAGAUCGAGAACACCACGUCAUACGAAGAUACAAUCAAUACAGUCAGAACUACAACCGAAUACUACACAGCAUCCGAUGAAACUCUGUACACCACACUCAAUACGGCAGACACAAUUUACACCAUAAAUGAUAAUAUCGAUAUUGAUGAUGUCAAUAUAUUGCAGGAACGUAGUAGAACAUCCACCACCACCGUCCGACCAACGACGCUCUAUCACGUGUUCUCAAUUGAUAAAGAAAGCGAGACGAUGCCGUCGUCCACAGAGAUCUAUCGCACGGAAGAGCAAGAGAUUGAACUGCCAUCGACGAACAAAACGCAAGACAAAUUGGUCGAGAUUCACCGAGUGGUGGAGAUCUACACGAAGAAUACCAGCAAUCCGGACGAGUUCCCGGUCAUGCAAAAGCUGGGUGAAAUUAACCGCAAGAUCAUAAUUCGGCUGGUUGAACCGAAGAACAAAACGGAAACCGAACCGAAGGAAAAGGAGAGCAAAACACACGUAUUUGCCGACAGCAUUUUUAACGAAGAAACGUCGACAAUUUCGCUGGAGGGAUUGUUCGAUCCGGACAAGGAUGAAAAAACGGCACGAACCGAGCUUCAGACGACUGAACUGUACUUUGACGACGACGCUACGACUGUAGCACCACGGGUGGAAAUUGAACGAAUUUCAAGCGCAGACUUUGUAGCAACAGAACGCGAGCGUGAGGAGCUGGUGACAAUAACGCCCUUCAUUGCGGAAACGGAACGCUAUACUCAGGUAACUACUUCAUCCGUUAAGCCGGAUACGGAACGAAGCAUAGAUUUCGAAGACAGUACCGCCCAUGAAGAGGAAGACGAAGAAACGGAAGAUUACACCGAAGAGUUGCCCACGACAGUGCCGGUUCAGGCCUUAGCACCGACCACGACAACUACAACGACGACAACGGAAGCGCCAACAACCACACCUUUGACGGAGGCUCCAGCCUCAUCGACGACGCAAAUUGUCCACAAGUACACGAUUCCGGCCGAGUUUUCGUUCCAGGAGCCGUCUGACGAACCCACCACUACAACUACAACUCAGUCGACAACAACAACAACCACAACAACAACGACGACGACGACAACUCCGGAACCGGAAACGUCAACUACCACGACUACGGAAGCGCCUACUACCAGCACUACUGAGCGGGUGAGACCAGUGAUAGUUUCGACUACGGAAACGCUCCGGAAGAAGUACUCCAAACGACCCAAAACGACAGUCUUCCGACCUCAGCUAGACUUUGUUUACACGAACGAAAACUCAAGCGAGGACGAACCGGCCAUCGCAACUGAACAGGUAACGGAACCGCUUCCGAGCACUUCCACCCAACGGGUACAAAACAACAAUAGAAAGUAUGUUCCUUCGUUGACACUACGCGCCAACUCCGGUGAAGGUCCUUCGUCGCACCGAAAGUCCAAGGACAUUCAGGUUGUGCCUCUGCCAAAGGCAGCUGCUUCCAAGGCCACAACGAUUAAGCCGUCGCCGAAAACAACAACACGGACCACAACAACCACCACGACUACCACGACCGAAGCUCCGGUAACGAAGGUGGACUUUAACAUCAAGUACGUGGUUCCGGUGCUAAAACCCGAGUUUGACGCGGCCGAGCUCAAGAUUGAGAGCAAGAAUGACAAGUAUAGCGUUCCGCUGUCCUCGCUGUAUCAUCCGGACUUUAUCACCCGUGCGGUGUCCGGUGAGACGCGCCAGGAACGACAGUUUUCGCCUGUGUACCGACCCGAGCUGGACAAUGACGAGCUGACGCGGGCGCUCACCAGCGACCCGGAUCCGGUGGCGCUCGAAGCGGCCAGCUUGGAUCGCGAGAUUCUUGGCGAUCUCAGCAGUAACGACAAUGGCGAAAGCGAAGAACAACGGAUCACCGAGCCGCGUAGCAUACCGGCGUACUUCUUCCGGCGAGCUGGCGAGGUCAGUUAAUUAGCGAACUCUCGUACGCGCGCGCUGGUUCAAGAAGGAGCUUUGUGUGAUUAAUUCCACGUCGAAGGCAAGUCCGGACCCCGCCGGACCAGGUUUACGAACUGGCCUGAACAAAAACGCAUUUCCUUCCCCUUGCUAGCUAGCAACAACCAAUUUUGUCUGUUUUUAUGUGUAUUAAUCCCCAGAAACAACGAGAUGCCAUAGAAAAUAACUAAUUUAUUGUUGUUUCCUUUUAUUUUAACCGUACUUGGUUUCCACCCCAUCCCGUAUCCAACAUAUCCUAAACAUUAUCUGCUUUUGUGUCAUGUGUUUUUCCUCUGUUUUGAGCGUGUGGUCCAUGUGUGAGUGGUAUUUAUUCUAACAUCAAUCCCCACCAACUCAUGGAGUGGUACAAAAAACAUGGUGAAAGUCAUUUUUUCAGAAUUGAGCACAAUGUGGUGAACAUGACUCAGUUGACAGUUUGUGACCUUCUGCUUUGUUUACCUUGAAACGUCAAACUUAACCAAGGUAGGCAAAGUAACAAGGUAACAGAAGCAUUUUCACCACACUGCGCAAUGGUGUCCCGCAUAGAUGUAAGAGUUCCGCGGCAGCAAACUACGAUACGCUGCUGCAGGUUGGUGGUGUUGAUGCAUGCCUCACGUUCCGCAAGGAAACAUAACCUCACACCUGAUGCACUCUCACUACCGUCGUUAAAGCGGAUGCACGUGUUGAUGUUUUUUCUACACCAUUUUUUCCUAAUAACCAAUCAAUCUACUCUCAAUUGUGUAUCUUUCACCAAAACUGUAUGAAACUAUAUUUUACUGCACAAAAUGAUGACUUUGAAAAGCAUGUGAACCAACACGAUGGAUUUUAGGCUAAGAGCAAAAGUAACGCUAGUCUAUAAGUAAUUCGGCGAAGAGAAACGUAAGCGCAUGGCACGAAAUCUAUUUAUUCUGAAAAAGACAGUUUAACUGCUGACAUAAUACUCUAAAUUUAUACUGUUCCAAAGACUUGCAAAAAGGGGACAGUGUAAACCUGUGUCUGUUUUAUUCUCUACGAUAGGUAAUUUUUAAAAUCAAGUUAGAAGUUAGAUUUGUAGGUAUAGCAACUCUUUUAAACACAUCUUGGAUAUGAGUAUUGGUAAAUAAUCGCAACUGACAAAUUGUUUCUUUCAAAACUGAGAGAAAUACGUCGAAGAAACGACAUCGUUUGUGUAAAUAACAUUUAUUAGCAUUUAGGAGAAACUGCCAACGUUUGCACCACAAACUCACAAAACAAACAGUAAUUUGUACAUAGUAAUAGUUAGUAACUUAAACUGGCGUUGACAGAAAUCACACACCGAGAAGAAGAGGCGAACAACAUCCAGAAUAUAUACGCUGUUAGCACUGUUUUGUAUGAAAAACACUGGAACAAGCAAUCGAAAAAUUAAA